UUUAAAACUGAACCGGAAGCCGGUGGCUGUGUCGUUGUUUGUUUCCGCUCCGGUGGCCUCAUCCUCUCUCUCUUCCUCCUCCUCUUCCUUCUCCUCCUCCUCUUCGUCAGGCGGCUUUUUAACGUCAUUUUUAACCGUCACCUGCGACAACAGCCUGAGCAUCUCACUGACAUUUCAAUUUGGCCGGGGACAUGAAGAUGGCUGCAGCUGAACAGCAGCUUCUCGUUGGCGUGUUUUGAGUGACUCGGUCCUGUUGUCUUCCUCAGAGAAACUGCCUGCUUCAGGCUGAGUUUUCAGGAAUGAAGACAGAUCCACAAACAUUGAUAACCAAUUUUAAAGCCAGCCUCUCAUUACCUUGCUAUCAAGAUUUCCAACACAGAUUUUCAAAUGAAAAUGGAGGAUAUGCCCCUGUCAGGCCCAGACAACACCAAGCUGGAGGCCUUGGUCCAUGACAUCUACUCUGAGCUGGUGGAAGAUGCCUGUUUGGGCCUGUGUUUUGAAGUCCAUCGGGCUGUGAAACAGGGGCAUUUCUUCUUGGAUGAAACGGACCAAGAGAGCAUGAAGGAGUUCGAAAUUGUGGACCAACCAGGAGUGGACAUCUUUGGGCAGGUUUACAACCAGUGGAAGAACAAAGAGUGCGAGUGUCCAAACUGCAAAAGACUGAUAGCAGCUUCUCGCUUCGCUCCACACUUGGAGAAAUGUCUCGGCAUGGGACGCAACAGCAGUCGAAUCGCCAGCCGCAGGCUAGCCACUAAUAAUAAUAUGAACAAAUCAGAGAGUGACCAGGAAGACAAUGAUGACCUUAAUGAUAACGAUUGGUCGUAUGGGGCAGAAAAAAAAGCCAAGAAGAGAAAGGCAGAUAAGAAUCAAAAUUCCCCCAGAAGAUCCAAAUCCCUAAAACAUAAAAAUGGUGAUCUCGGGAGCAUCACCUCAGAGCCUUACAAGUAUAACUACAACACUGGCAUCAGUUAUGAAACAUUAGGACCGGAUGAAGUCAGAUCCCUCUUAACAACACAAUGUGGGGUGAUCUCCGAGCACACCAAGAAGAUGUGUACCAGGUCUCAGCGAUGUCCCCAGCACACAGACGAACAGAGGAGGGCCGUCAGGUUGUUCCUCCUGGGGCCGUCCGCGUCGUCGCUGCCCGAUGCAGAUGCAGUGGUGGAGAGCGACAACUUUGAGCUUCCAGACGGACAGACCCUGAUGAGCCGCCUGCAGUGGGAAGACUCUCCUGAUAUCUCACCCACAGACUCUGCCUCCUCAAAAGCCAGCACCAACCAUUCAGACUCGAGGAAGCCGAAGAAGAAGAGGACGUCUCUCGGUUUGAACAGCGCAGGAGGAAGUCUGACUGGAGGCUGCAGCAGCAGCAGCGGCAGCUCUCAGAAUAAUAUCAACUUGUCGACCAAAAAGAAGAGGCCCAAACUCUCAGCACCUUCUAUCUCAAGUAUCUAUGAUGAUUUAAACUAGCAACAGCCUGUUAGUCAGGCCAGUCCCUCCCUUCACUCAGGAUGGGAUUCAACAUGACUUAGCAGUAGCCUUAACACGAGGCUUCUCCAUUUUACUGAAGAUUCAUUCUGUUUUAAGAACACGGUGUUGUUGAAAGCUGGGUCAGUCACUUGGUGUCAGAUUCCAGUCCGAGUGUCUGUGGGUGAUAAACAGGGAAAUUCUACAAAACAUUCAUUCUGCUUUUUCAGGAACUUGAACAGUUCUGUAACCACAGACCGCUGCUGUCGCCCGAAGGUGGAAAUCAGGACGACUUGACAAUAGGCAUGUGCAUCAACACCCGGUACUGAAUGAGCCCCAGGACUUAAUUAUUAAAGAAAAUUAUCAAUAAGCUCAGACGUAAUUGGUUCUAUUGUCCAUACUGAGAAAUUAGAUAAACAGAUUUCCUAUUUCUUAUUCCAACAUAAGUCAUCCUGCACUUUUAUCUCAAUAACUCUACUUCUGAUUGCAACAUUGAUCUAUGUGAGCGGAGGGGGCUGCUUUCCCACUCACCUGCACACACAGAAACAUGUCAUCUACACAGAGGCGCUGCUCUUAGGUGCAAAUUAUAAUGGUGGAUGGAAAUAAAUAUUCAAACGUGUGGCUACACUUCAUUUAAAUUGAUGCUGACGAUACUUGUUGCCACAAGUGGAACAAAUCCUUUGGCUUUGAGGACAGAAACAUGAGAAAUGCGUCAAAAGACCAAAAGUGUUUUAGAUGGCUCACAAUUCCUCUGCCUCUCUGUGUUGGCCUGUGUAGAUCAUGAGUUAACUAAAUGAUAGGCGAUGGUUGUGGGCAGCUCUAAAUUCAACCUGAAAUGGUUUUAUCAUUUCAGUUUCAGAUCAGUGCAGAUAAAGAGAAGGUCAGGGGAGUUUGGAAAGUAUUGGUCAAAUUGAUAAAUUAAUUAGUUAUUUAGUUUGAAAUAAUUAAACACAAACAAAUGUUUUAACCAAAGGAGGGGAAUGGGGCGGCAAAAGAGAGGACUAUGGAUCGCAGUGUUAGAAACUAGUUCCCUGAAAAGUCAAAACAAAAACCUAAGUACCUUCUCUACUAAAAACAACACAUUCAGAACAACAACUCUGUUCCUAAUGUCCAAACAGAAAAUUCGAACAAGAAUAAGCCGUGAGCUUCCACACAUCGUGUUUUACAUCUCAGAGAAACUUCAAUAUGUGAGGUAGAGGCGCCAGCUACCAUAACAAUAUUUUACUUAGAAGUAAAGUGCCUCCUUACUGACAGCGUUUACUGAUGCACUUAUAUGAUUGACAGCCUCUGUUGACAGCAGUAAGAAAAGAGAGCGCAGACUUAAGAUGCCCAUCUACUUAUUUACCUUUUUAACUAAAAACUAUUUAAAAAAAACAUGUUUUUGGUCAAUAACGUACAAACAAUUGAGAUCUUAACCGUGGCUUUCUGAAACCUUCAGAUUCUCUUCGGUGACGACCUCCUGACGUGUCCUUUUGCUUUUUAUUCAUCACUUGACAUACUGGAGUACUCAUCGGUGGCGUUGUGAUUCUAGCAUUGUAUUGCACAGUUUGUGUGUGUGUGUGUGUGUAUGCACCUCUUUAUGCUGAAUCUAAUUCAGUGGGAAUGUCACCUUUUAGUGUGUGUGGUUAGAGGACGUGUGUGAGUGUAAUCAUUUAUAUUUUCACAAAACUAUGUAUCCUAGAAUGUGACAUUUUUUGUGAAAGUGUGCCAUUUAAAAAAAAAAAAAAAAAAAAACUAUGCUUUUCUGUUUACAUCUUUAAUAUAUUUAAGUUUUCCUUUGUCACUGCCUAUUAAGUGAUGUGUAUAUUAUUUGUGUGUAAAUGCAGAUUGUGAUAUUUGACGAGCCUUUAGGCUUCUAGGGCACAUGUACAGUACAUGUAUGUAUGAUUUGAGUCGGUAUUUGAAUCAUUAAUCGGAAGUAAAUUCUUUCUUUCUUGUUUUAUUCUUCCUCGGUUUGUAAGUCAGUGCUGCUGCUCCGCUUUUCAUUCAUGACUCUGACCGACAAGUCUCCAUCUUGUAAUGCUCGGACCAACGUCUGAUUUAAAAGGUAUAUGAGGCGUUACUUGCUUUAGAGGUCGGAUGCACUUUAAAAGAUCAUGUACUUGCAACUUUUCACAUUUGAUGACGUAGUGAAGUGUUUUUUUUAUAAAUCACAUCAACAAACCUCUUGACUUUUUGUAGUUAUUGUUGUAGAAAAUCCAAAAUAAAAGUAAAACCUGGGGACUGUACGAAAAUGAAUUUGGGUAAGAGGGGUUGGGACUAGUAAGACUAGUUAGUCAGUGUUGAACAGAAUAGAUGUAGGUCCAAGUAAAUGCAGUCACAAGCAGAGUCAGUUCAGUGAAUACCUCGACCAACCACCCCACACAUGAUUGUCCUGUUCUUACUAUAGAAAUAUAAAAGGGAAGUGCUGGGAUAAUCUAAAUUAUUUAUCAUACAACAUAGUCAAAAGAGAGUGGGGGAAAAACUGCCACUUAAUCAGCAUUCACAGCAAAUGUAUCGGGCUCUUGCCAAACCCCACCCUUUCAGCGAUAGUGGAAAUCAGUCCUUUAAUUUUGGACCAACCAGAAUUUCACUCUAGUCCUCUUCAAUUCAAUCAAGCUGCACCAAUUUAUUUUAAUGUUUCAUCAAGAUCUUUGCACUGUUUCUUGAGAAAUUCACAAAAAUUACUUAAACCCCCUUAUUUUGCAGUUUUAAAGAAAGAGAAAUUAGAUAAAAUCCUCGAUACAAUGUUGAGAGGGGGGGGGGGGGGGGGCAUCCUGGAUCCACCACCUGAUCUGGAUCUGUGCCAACAUUUAAUAGGUUCUUUAUUCUUCCACCAAGUUUCCUGGAAAUCUAUCCAGUAGUCUGUGUGCUGAAUCAGCUCAUGCACAAACAAAUUUUGAAAAAAACAUUACCUCAUUGGAGGAGGUUAUAAAAUUUAUAUUUGUUUUGGUACUUCCAGGCCUCCCUGCUCUAUCACUUGAUCCAAGGCUGAAUUUACUGUUUAUCCAGCUGCUCUUCAUAUUUUGUUUUAUGACUUCACAGGAAGGGUUUUGCAGUGAAUUGUUUGAAGCCAUUCAGGGUAGAGUGAGACCUCCUCUAGCUCAUCUUUGUUCUUAAGCUUCUUAGAUAAAGGUUUCUUAUAGGACACCUCCCUCACCCCAAAUCCUUUAUGUACAGUCUCUUAAAUAUUUUUCCAUUUUCACAUAUAAUAUACAGUUGAACUCAUUUCCAGUAUGACCAGUUCCUUUCUUCACUUCAUUUCUCAAGAUCUGCACGACAACGUGCCCUUUUGAAUCUUUUCCAGUGGAGUCUUGUGACGUGCACUAAAAAUAAAUGGUGGACAUGAUCCAUUUUGUUUCUCCUUUUUAUUUGUGAAUGAAGCCGCAGCAGCUGAUGUUCUCUUGUGACUUUUUACUGCAAAUGAAAGAGAAUGCAAUGUAGGUUCGAUAUAUUUUUCUGUACCAUGCCCAAAUAAGUGCAUGUGUGAGUGGACUGUUGUAUCUGAACAUAAUGUGAUGAUUUGUGGGUUAUUUCUCUCUGCUGCCGUGCAUACUGAUGUUUGUAUAAAUAAACACAGGUCGCACACAGACUCCUUCAUCGGAUCAAUAAAUACUAGAAACCGG